GUUAAGAUCUAUGUAAACCCUGUAUCUUUACUACACUCCAGGUCACCCAUGUCCUGGAUAUAUUCUCCUAUAGUGAAGCAUGCCUGCUAGUGACAUGAAGAGUGCGGACUUGGCUUUGCGUAUAUAAGUAGCUAGACAAGCUGGGGAUAUACAAAGAUACAGAUAAAAAUGAUAAUUAGACCAUUGGUUCACAAGAAAGGAGAGUGUGUGAAUUAUUCAGCGUGUACCGUUCAACCUGUGGACAUUUUCUAGAAUGAAAGGGUAUCAACAUGACUGAUGCUGGUUCAGGGAAUUAGCCCAAUCUUUCAAAAACACUUUGAUCAACUGAAGUGUAUUGGGCCCCAAUUUAUGGAGCCAGACAGACGGUGGAGAAAUCAAUGGAUCUUCCUCCCGAUUGCUGGAAGGUCUUCGAGAUUCUCAUCCUUCUUUAUAACACAGCAGUAUCGCACUACCGCCCCGCCAUCCCUUAGUUUGGCGACAAUAAUUGGAUGUUCCUGCCAAGUACCUUAUACUAGCCUGCGUAGAAUGUGCCACUCUUCUGUCGAGUUGGGGAAUGCCGUGCUUUCCACACAGACGGAUCUUGCAUCAGGGCAUUUCGUCCGACUUCAGGAUUUGGUCUUGUGCCAGAGUCGCCAGCCAUUCCGCCUCCAGGUCAUUGCUAUGGAGCAGUCUACCAAUAUAGCCCAAGUGAUGGCCGUACAGGAGGUCCAUGGCGUUCAGCGAGAUGAGGCCCGUAUGCCGAUGUCGCAGAAUGAAUCGCAGGGGAAUUUCUCAAAUGAUGGAUGCCUCUGCUGAUCUCAGUUUCGAGAGUUCAUAGGUUGCCGGCCUGGUGCCUCGAUGUCCAUUCGUGAUAUGCAUUCUUGAUCCUAAUUGAAGCCCCUUGAACAUCGCCUGUCCCCGUAGCAGGAAGAACUCCGUGUCUUGUUCGGCAUUAUGUUCCCUGCUCCCCUCGGUUGCAGCCAUUCAACUUCAGCGCUCCAAGCUCAUGUCGUAGUUAUUGAUGGUGCCCGGCCAGGGGUCGACGCACUGACUUGGUCGAGUUCGUGUGCACAUUCAAUCCAGUUGCCGACCUGUUGGGCCCAUCAUGGGAGCACGGACGCGUGCUUCGCGCGACAUCAUAAAGAUUCGCAUGACGAUUGGAUUUGUGCAGACACACAAUUCGGCUUUCCGGGUCGAUGAUUCCAAAAAUAGCGCGAGAGAAUGAGGGUGGGAGGGGGAGAGAAAGAGAGAAACAGAGGUAAAGAGAGAAAGAAGGAAGGAGAGUGUCGUACGUUAUUUUAGCUAGUGUCCCUUGAUCCAGAACUAUGUAUAUGGUCUAGGCGAAGUUCGACCUAGCGCGUUUGAAAACCGACGAUAUUCUAGCCGCAUUCCUCGGUUGUUUGGGUUGAA